CUUCAGCCCGCGCCGCAGCUGCCGGUAGCUGACGCGGGAGGGCCGCUGGCGCCGGGGCCUGGACGCGGGGACCCGACUGCUUCCCGCGACCCUUUGUCCCUUCACCCGAGUGAGCGCGCUCAGGGUAGCUGCAAAGCCGGAGGUGCGGGCGGCCCGGGUCAUUGCAUUGGCACGGAGGCUGUUAUUCUAAGCCGGAGACCUCAAGUGUCCUCCUGUCAUGACAAGGAGCCUUCGUCUUUAGGACUGCCAGCCAGACUCCCAGAAAUCAUGUUGGUAGGAUCCCAGUCCUUCUCGCCUGGAGGGCCUAAUGGGAUUAUCAGGAGCCAGUCCUUUGCGGGGUUCAGUGGCCUUCAGGAGAGGCGAUCCAGAUGUAACUCCUUCAUUGAAAAUCCCUCUGCUCUCAAGAAGCCUCAGGCCAAACUGAAGAAAAUGCACAAUUUAGGAUACAAAAACAGCAGCCCUCCCAAGGAGCCUCAGCCUAAAAGGGUGGAAGAGGUCUACAGGGCUUUGAAAAAUGGACUUGAUGAGUAUCUGGAGGUUCACCAGACAGAGCUGGACAAGUUGACAGCUCAGUUAAAAGAUAUGAGAAGAAACUCUCGCCUGGGUGUGCUGUAUGACCUAGACAAGCAAAUUAAAACAAUUGAAAGAUACGUGAGACGCCUGGAGUUUCACAUCAGUAAGGUAGAUGAACUCUAUGAAGCUUAUUGUAUCCAAAGACGUCUCCAAGAUGGCGCUAGCAAGAUGAAGCAAGCCUUCGCCGCGUCCCCUGCCAGCAGAGCUGCGCGGGAGAGCCUGUCGGAGAUCCACCGGAGCUACAAAGAGUACACAGAGAACAUGUGCACCAUUGAAGCAGAGCUGGAGAAGCAGCUGGGGGAGUUCUCCAUCAAGAUGAAAGGUCUGGCUGGUUUUGCUCGCCUCUGUCCCGGAGAUCAAUAUGAAAUUUUCAUGAAGUAUGGCCGACAGAGGUGGAAACUGAAAGGCAGAAUAGAAGUAAAUGGCAAACAGACCUGGGAUGGAGAAGAAAUGGUGUUCCUGCCCCUGAUAAUUGGAUUAAUUUCCAUCAAGGUCACAGAACUCAAAGGGCUAGCAACUCAUCUCCUGGUCGGCAGUGUGACCUGCGAGACCAAAGAGCUGUUUGCAGCACGACCUCAGGUGGUGGCUGUGGACAUCAAUGACCUUGGCACCAUCAAACUCAACCUGGAAAUCACCUGGUAUCCGUUUGACGUGGAGGACAUGACCCCAUCCUCAGGCGCUGGGAACAAGGCAGCCGCCCUCCAGAGAAGAAUGUCCAUGUACAGCCAGGGCACCCCAGAAACGCCCACCUUCAAAGACCACUCCUUCUUUAGAUGGUUGCAUCCUUCACCAGACAAGCCAAGGCUGUCUGUCUUGAGUGCCUUGCAAGAGUCUUUCUUUGCCAAGCUGCACCGCAGCCGCUCUUUCAGUGACCUGCCCUCCCUCAGGCUGAGACCCAAGGCCGUUCUAGAGUUUUAUUCGAAUCUACCUGAUGACGUCCUUGAAAAUGGGAAGGCAGCUGGGGAGAAAAUGCCACUGUCCCUCAGCUUCAGUGACCUGCCCAAUGGGGACUGCACCCUCUCCCACAGCCCAGGCCGCCCUCUCCCCAGCACGUGCUCGGCAAAUCCAGAAAUCACCAUCACCCCCGCAGAGCUGAACCGCGACAGCCCCUCCUCCCAGAACGAGGGCCUGGAUGACUCCAGCUCGGCCUCUUCCAAGAGCUCCUUGGGAGAAGAAGGCUCAGAGCCCAGGCCCCACAGGGAGGAAGAGACCGAGGGGCUCGGGAAACCCGAGGCCUGCAGAGCAUCCGCGGGUGCCCGGACGGAGCGCCUAUUCCUGGAGAAGGGUGUCGCAGAGGCCCUUCUGCAAGAGUCUGACGAGGCCUCUGAACUCAAGCCCGUGGAACUGGACACUUUUGAAGGAAACAUCACGAAGCAGCUGGUCAAGAGGCUCACCUCGUCAGAGGUGCCGGCGGCCACCGAGAGGCUGCUCUUUGAGGGCUCUGUCAGUGGAGAGUCCGAAGGCUGUCGAUCCUUCCUAGAUGGAAGCUUAGAGGAUGCCUUUAAUGGGCUUUUCCUUGCAUUAGAACCACAUAAAGAGCAGUAUAAAGAGUUUCAGGAUCUGAACCAAGAAGUCAUGCACUUGGAUGACAUUCUAAAAUGCAAGCCAGCAGUAAGCCGAAGCAGGUCUUCCAGUUUAAGUCUUACAGUUGAAAGUGCUUUAGAAAGCUUUGAUUUUCUGAACACCUCUGAUUUUGACGAGGAGGAGGAGGAUGGUGAUGAGGUUUGUAACGUUGGAGGAGGUGCUGACUCAGUAUUUUCAGACACUGAGACUGAGAAAAAUAGUUACAGAUCAGUACACCCGGAAGCCAGGGGGCACCUCAGCGAAGCCCUGACUGAGGACACGGGAGUCGGGACUAGUGUGGCAGGAAGCCCUCUCCCACUGACCACGGGAAAUGAAAGCCUGGACCUCAGCAUCAUCAGGCACCUCCAGUACUGCACCCAACUCGUCCAGCAAAUUGUUUUCUCAAGCAAAACCCCAUUUGUGGCCAGAAACCUCUUAGAGAAGCUUUCUAGGCAAAUCCAAGUGAUGGAGAAGCUCUCGGCCGUCAGUGAUGAGAACAUAGGAAGCAUCAGUUCUGUCAUCGAAGCCAUACCGGAAUUUCACAAAAAGCUGUCUUUGCUGUCAUUCUGGACCAAGUGCUGCAGCCCGGCUGGGGUCUACCACAGCUCAGCGGACAGAGUGAUUAAGCAGCUAGAAGCCAGCUUUGCCAGAACUGUCAACAGAGACUAUCCCGGACUUGCAGACCCAGUGUUUCGCACACUGGUGUCCCAGAUCCUGGACCGGGCCGAGCCCCUGCUUACCUCCAGCCUCUCCUCCGAAGUCAUCACUGUCUUCCAGUAUUACAGUUACUUUACGAGCCACGGUGUGAGUGACCUAGAGAGUUACCUGAACCAGCUGGCCAAGCAAGUUUCCAUGGUUCAGACUCUGCAGUCACUGAGAGAUGAAAAACUGCUACAGGUCAUGAGUGACCUUGCACCCAGCAGCCUCCUGGCCCAGCAGGAAAUACUCAGGACUCUGGCUCUGCUCUUAACCGGGGAUGACAGUGGAGUUAGUGAAGCUGUGAUGCUUUACUUGGCAGCAGCCUCCAGAAACGAGCAUUUCAGGGAAAAGGCCCUGCUCUAUUACUGUGAAGCCCUAACAAAGACUGACCUCUGGCUCCAGAAGGGAGCUUGCCUGGCCCUGAAAAGCCUGAAGGCUACUGAAAGCAUUAAAAUGCUGGUGACAUUGUGUCAGUCUGAUACUGAAGAAAUCAGAAAUGUGGCCUCAGAAACUCUCUUAUCUCUUGGAGAAGAUGGGCGGCUGGCAUAUGAACAGUUGGACAAAUUUCCUCGAGACUGUGUUAAAGUUGGAGGUCGUCAUGCAAGUGAAGUUGCCACGGCCUUUUAAUUACAAGUUAACUCUGCCUAACAGCUGUCUUAAUAAAUGGCCCUGUUAAUCAAGGUGGUACUGUGACUUAGCUCGAAGUUGUUGAGGUUGUCUGGGAAUUUAACAUGUUAUGGGAGGAAUUCAAAGUCCUCUUUCACAGUACUUACCUGCUUUUCCUUCAGCCAACAGAAUAGGGCUCUGUAUCUUUCAGUAGAUUACAUGGUUGAUUGCGUCUGACAAUACUUAGUAAAAGAGUCUGUCUUAUCUAGUAUGUAUGGGAUUUUAAAUCAGCCGUCUUUAUACAUUUUUGGAAGUUCUUCUAUAAGCUUGAAAUAGUCACAUGAAACUUUGAUAAAUAUCAUAUGCCUUGCAGUGUUUCCUCUGUUGUGUUCUCAGGGUUGAGUGGCCCCUUAGUUACCUAAUUUUACCUUAAGUGCAAAGCAAAAAAAAAAAAAGAUUUCUUCAAGUAAAAGUUUGCCUGCAGAACCUGGUAAAAGAUCAUAUUGUAAGAGUUUAUUUCUUUUUAAUUUCAUUUUUUCAAGCCUCCACUAUUUCUCUUGUUUCUUUCGUCUAUCGUGAAAAUUCCAAAGGCAUGUUUCCGUUAUGGUAAAAAAGAUGGGUAGAUCACUGAAAACUACUAUAUUAAGAUUAUACCCAUACUCAUUUUAAAGAAGAUACUCAAAACUUAAGCUUUUUUUUUUUUAAACAA